CCUAAUGUCUGUCUGCGCAAUGUUAGGUUAUUUUGGUUGUUGUCAUGAUAAGGUUGAUUACUUCGUAUGAAAUUGGGUUUUUUAUAAGUUUAUUAAUUUGUGUUGUGAAUAUAAAUUUAAAUCCUUUGGCUAAUCAGACGUAGUGUAGCAAUUAAUUGAACUGAGUUUGAAUACUUUGCCCAAAUAAUAAGAAAGAUGAGUUUUGUCAUAUCGCUAUGUCAUUUCUGUGAUCUCCAUGGACCAAGCAUACUUCUCACGUGUUAUUCUGCACCACAAGAGGAAGAACUUCAGAGUUCCAAUGAGGUCACAUGCCAGGCUUGUUCGAUGGCGGAGAAGUACGUGACUGUUGAGAGAGUAUCUGGGACCCGCUACAUCAGCAGUCGUCUGCCUGUUCAACGUCAAGCCCUGGUUUCCUGGCUGACUCAUGUCUGUGUGCGGAGUCUCAGCUGUGAGCUGAACCCUUGUGUGUUCUGUGAACCCCCCAACUGUGCUCUGUCCAUCUCAUUCUCUGUGCGUGAUGCCAAAGCUCGAGGAUUCUACCACUGGCUUAGCAUUGUUGUCAGUUCACGUGAUCUGGCCCUGUUGGCUUCUAGUUGGCCCUUCCUUUCACACAACAUUCAGUUAAUUGUUAACUGGCUUCAAGACAAGGCAACAGAGGUUUACAACUUGGAGAGACCGUUCCGAGGCAUUGAGCCAUCUCAGUCUCGGCCCUUACCUCAGCUUGUCAAGUCGAAAGCUGUAUACGCAAGGCUCCAUUGUUGGUUUGCUUGGAUAAUCGAAGCUUGCAAUUCUCGUCUGUCUGAAGUCAUUCCUCGCUCUCCCUUCUACAAACUGCAGCCUCAGCAUGUGUUUGAGGAGGGUAGCCUGAAGUCCCUCCGGACGUUUCUGACCGCUCCAGUGUUUGACCUGGCAGCACUGAAUGUGCUGGAAGGUCGACAAGUCAUUGUGAGAGGUGACAUUCCUGCACUGGUCCAGGCAACAGUCCUCACACUUAAGAGCCUGCUGCCUGGAGACUGGUGCAAAACUGUACCAGAGUCAGAUGAGUAUCUGGAGCCCAGGGUCUGUAGACUUUUGGGAGUGAGCACACAGGUGGCAGUGCCCAGACCUUGUCAGAACAUUGUCAGGAUAGAUCUUGUGCAAGGAUCAGUUUCGGCUAAGACUACUGCCACUCUACCUGCCAAAUGUCCGACUUUAGCCAGUAAGAUCUUGAAGGCGCUGGGCAGUGACCUGCUGCGAGGGAAGGCGUUGGCUUUCCAUUUGCAAGCUUUCUUUCAAGAAUGGGCACACAUUGCAAAGUUGGUGCAUUUGACGCGGACAGAAAAUGCUGCUGGAUUGUUGGUGUCACUGGGAGUCAAGCCUCAAGAUCAACACCUAAUAUCUUACUGGUCACACAAUCUGUGUCAAUCUUGAAUGAUAAGAUUUAAAGUAAUUAUCUAGUCUCUUGUUUUAAAUAAUACAACAUAUGUUUUCUAAAUAUGUGAAAA